UGAAGUAACGUGAAGUAGCUCGCAGUGACAGUGACACCGGUCGGUGAUCCACCAGCAGCUGCAGUCGGUCCUCCGGUAAUCUGGGACACACAGAGAAGAGUCCGACACCACCCACCCACAGAGGGGUCCUGUCUGUCGGCUGGAAGAGCCCUCACCUCCCCCUCGGACUGCCCGCGGCUGUCGUCCUUUAAUCGGCCAGGUAUUGUCCAGCCUCACCCGGCCCCACUGUGGAUCUUUAGCCCCUCCGGCAGGACAGUGGCAGAGGCAGAGCCAGAGCCAUCGGGGACCAGAUCAGCGGGCAGCAGGGCUCCAUGAGUGCGACGGGGCAGCAGCAAGGGGGGGGCUUGCGUUCUCGCCGAAGCCUUGCCCGGGACAAGGACCCUGGGCAGGGCAUGGGCAUGGAGGCGGCCUGCUGGCUGGCCCCCGGAGUGCUGCGCAGGCUGAUCGAGCUGCCCUCGCCCCCCCUGUCCCGACACCAGCUCAAGAGACUGGAGGAGCACAGGUACAGCAGUGCUGGACGCUCCCUACUGGAGCCUCUGAUGCAGCGUUACUGGGAAUGGUUGGUGGGAAGAGUCCCCUCCUGGAUUGCCCCCAACCUCAUCACCAUCGUCGGCCUGGCAACCAACGUCUUCACCACCCUCGUGCUCAUCUACUACUGCCCAACUGCCACUGAACAGGCUCCUCUCUGGGCGUACCUGCUAUGUGCUGUGGGUCUGUUUAUCUACCAGUCAUUGGACGCCAUCGACGGGAAGCAAGCCAGACGCACCAAUAGCAGCUCUCCGCUGGGCGAGCUGUUUGACCACGGCUGUGACUCCCUCUCCACUGUGUUCGUAGUGUUGGGAACCAGCAUAGCCGUGCAGAUGGGUACGAACCCAGACUGGAUGUUCUUCUGCUGCUUCGCCGGGAUGUUUAUGUUCUACUGUGCCCACUGGCAAACAUACGUGUCAGGAACACUGCGCUUCGGCAUCAUUGAUGUGACUGAGGUGCAAAUCUUCAUUAUAAUCAUGUAUUUGCUGGCCGCCGUGGGAGGAUCUGCUUUUUGGCAGUCACUGAUUCCGAUCCUAAAUAUCCAGAUGAAAAUGGUUCCUGCCAUCUGCACGUUUUUAGGAGCCAUCUUCUCCUGCACCAAUUACUUCAGAGUUAUUUUUACGGGAGGUGUGGGCAAAAACGGAUCCACAAUAGCAGGAACCAGCGUCCUCUCUCCAGUCUUACAUAUUGGUUCCGUUAUAAUUUUGGCGAUGAUGAUAUACAAGAAGUCUGCUGUCCAGCUCUUUGAGAAACAUCCGUGUCUAUAUAUCCUGGCGUUUGGCUUCGUUUCGGCCAAAAUCACCAAUAAAUUAGUUGUAGCACAUAUGACUAAAAGUGAGAUGCAUCUCCAUGAUUUAGCCUUCCUGGGACCAGGACUACUGUUCCUGGAUCAGUAUUUCAAUAGUUUUAUCGACGAGUACCUGGUGCUGUGGAUUGCAUUGAUCAUUUCCUUUUUUGACUUGGUGCGUUACUGUGUCAGUGUUUGCAACCAGAUUGCCUGCCAUCUUCACAUUUUCGUUUUCAAAAUCAAGCCUUGUUCAGUGCUCAGUUCAGCUCCUCACUGAGGACACGCCGGCCAUUACUGACUCUGUCCCUUCCUGUUAGUCGCACUCAUCUUUUCUUCCCUCUGUUUGCCACGUAGAGAUGCAGGGGAUGACGUGGUGUAACGUAUGUGCUUCUGCCAACUGAAUGUGAGGACAAAUAAUAUAUAUUAAGAUACUGGAGUAUUACUGUCAUUGUUUUCUCUUUUUUUUUUUUUUUUUUCACCAGUGCAGAAUUGAAUUUGUACCAGUUUCAUCUUCUGCCCCAGUAAUAGUAGUAAUAAUAAUAAUAAUAAUAAUAAUAAUUCUUCUGACAAACUCAUGGUUACACAGCAAAUAUUUCAGGAGAGUACAGGUGCUACUCAGUAUGUUCGAGGAGAGAAACUUAAGUGUGUUUUAACUGUUCUUGUGCAAAGAAAAUGUAUAGGAAAUGAAUCAAACUCUUUGCUUUUCAUGGUUAUAAUUUUUGUAAUAUUUGCAUAACUUUCACCUUUUUGCUAUUGUAAAUACCAAACUGUUACGGUGUCUGUGCUUCUCUUUUAAGUUAAAAAUCCUGCUCUGACACAUUUAUAAACCUCCUUUUUUUUUCUUCAUGUAUAUGAUUUUAAAACAACUUCAUCUUCUGCACAUUACUCAGAACUGUGCAGCUGUUUCACAUCAGCAAAAUGCGGUUUUGGAGGAAACUUAAUGUCGACUUUGUUUCACUUUUCUGUUACAUAUCAGAAUGUUCACUGCCAAUGUUGACUGAAAUCACUCGUUUCUGCACAUGGGAUCUUUUUGGGCGUUAUUCACGUCUGGGUUGGGGAUUGUGUGUGUGUGUGUGCGCGCUUAUUGUCAUAUGUUGUUUGCUAAUAUAUUCAUUAUGAAGUUUAUAGUUUGGCUAACGCUUCAUGGAGUUUGACUUCCUCUACACUUUUUAUUCUUUUCAUUGUAAAUAGAUUAGGACACGUCAUGCACCAGAGGGAGAGACACGAUAGCCAAAAUCUGAACUGUUCACAUAUAAAAUAUCUAAACUCAAAGGUCCACCUUCUAGUGUUAAGAGCUAUGCAGAUGAAAAGUACGGAAGCUAGCAAGUAGGCCUUAUGAGGUCAAGAAUGAACUCCAAUGGGAAAGGUUUUCCAACAAUUUGCAGCUGAUAGAAACAAAGCUCAGGUUUGAAAGUAAAGCAGCGUAAAGUGAACACGUCUGUCCUUCUUGUGACUGUUUUGAAUCAAUACUCCGAUCAGAUCAGAGCGACAGAUCACUCCGCCAGUCGUCUUUCUGCUUUCUGUUACUUCUCGUUCUUCUUCUACCACCAACAAAUCCAGUGAAAGGACCAAAACCAACAAUGUUUCAGUUUUUGUUGUUUAAUGGUUUCUGACUUCCCGACUCAUUGGUUCCGACUCAGUAAUUUCCUAAGACAUCUGGUUACUAUAGGUUUUAGCAAACAUUAUUCAAUCAGGAAGAAAUAAUGCAUUUGUUGGGGACUAUUUUCAGCAGUGGAUUAAUCCACUUUUUUUUGUUCUACUUCUGGCAGCAGGAAUGUGUAUGUGAGUCCAAAUACUGUGUGUGUUGUGUGUGUUCAUGGUAAUGAAGGGACACUCAGUGCAACAAUGUGCCUCAUUUAUGUGUUUUUAAUAGUUUUUGGACAACAAUGGAGCUCUGGUACCGAGGAAUAAGAUUAUCAGGCUUUAAAUACACAGACAACACUUGUUAGUGGAUCAGUUCAUUGUUUGUUUUGGUCUUUUGUGGGAUUUGUUGAAAAUAAUGCAGAAUAUCACCAGACUUGUACCUUUAAGGUCAGUGGUCCUUUCACUCCAUUAUAAUCUUGUAAAAUCUAAGCCUUUUAUAGACAACAAGUCAUCAAAAGUUGUUGGUUUUGGUCUUUUUAUUGGAUGUGUUGACAAUAACCAGACUUCUCCUUUCAAAAUAAACAACCUGCCACCAUUACGGUUAUUUACACUCCUUCCUGUGUGGCCGAUGGACGCCGUUACUCAACCCGAAUCACCGUUAAUAUAACUGAACAUUGGGUGACGCUGCGUUUCCUCCAAAACGUACCUGCUGAUGCUGAACAGGUGCACCUCGACUGAAUGUGUAGGAGGUGAGGUCACACGAUGACAUCACAGCUUUUAAGGUGGUGACUGACGAGAAUCAGAUCAAACUUUUGUUCCUGACAGUUAAUAAUAAAAACCUGUUUAUUUGAAGUGGCUGCUGCUCCGACAUCAUCUUCUACUGUUACGGCGCCUCGUGCCGAGUGGGUGUUCAAUGUUGCUGCUUCUGAAGAGAACCUGUGGUGAUUUAAUGUGGAGAACAAGUUUUAAAGGCAGAAAUUAGUUUCUUGCUUUUGCAUAUUGUGCCUGUUUUUAUUUAUAUUUCGUCUAAACGGUUACAUCUGCAGAUUCUGAACUAAGCCGCUAUAGUUUGUUUAUAAUGUUAUAAAAAGAUUUACAAUGCAAAGUGUUGACUGUAGUCAAGUUACAGCAGUUACAACAGCGCAAUUGUCUUAACUGGACGAGUUCAGGUUCAGGUCAUCUGAAUGUUAAUGAUUAAAAAAAAAAAAAAAGACUGUUGGUAUGAUUCCUAGAAAGUGUUAUAAAGGGUCACUUCACACAAAUAACAAACAUACAUCGACUGCUUUGUGGUAUCUUAAAGGUCCAGUGUGUAACAUUUAGGAGGAUCUACUGGCAGAAAUUAAAUAUUAUAAUCAUAGUUAUGUUUUCAUUAGUGUAAAAUCACCUGAAUAUAAGGAUUGUUGUGUUUUUGUUACCUUAGACUGAAGCGUCUUUGUCGACAGACGCCCAAGUCGCCUUGUAUGGAGGCUGGCAUGUUUCUACAGUAGCUCAGAAUGGACAAAUCAAACACUGGCUCUAGAUGCUUCACAGGUUUCGUGGCCACCGUAGUUUCUCCCUCACAUUUCACAGCCUGUUCUCGUUCCGAGGUCGUCAAAUACAAACGCCAGCGGUGUUAAAAGUUAGUUUUAAUCUGUAACUUCACUGCUUGAUGCCACUAAAUCCUCCACACUGGUCAUUUAAGAUGAAAUAUUAUGAUGUAUAUGAUUAAAAUAAAGUUGUACUUUAAAUAAAGUCAACGCUUAUAACGAUGAAUUUAGGAGAAUAAAGUGGUUACAAGAA